AUGUCUCGCAACUUCCACCCCGUCAACGCCAACUCGCCCUCCACCACUACUCUCACCUCAGACCCCGACAUUAAUCCUUCCCUUGAAGACAACAGCAACAAUAAUACCAUCAUCCAACCCUACCUCUUUCCCCCAGGCGUGCCUACCAAUACCAGCUUCAACAGCAACGAUCAAACCCUCGUGGACAACUGCUCCAACAUUGAGGUCUCACAACUUGUCACUGAGGCAAACCGCUUCUGGGGCAAUUGCUCAACGACCAUCCCCAACAUCGAGACAGGUCCAGCCGCAGAAUACCCAACCACAUACAUGAUGGGUAAUUAUGACCAUGGCUAUGGCGAUCAAAACAUGCACGAGACAUCCGUGCCAUACGGUCCGUGCGACCACUUCCAGGUGGCCGGGACAGGAAUAGACAUGGGAAUGAGGAUGACUGGCACAAAAGGGGAGGACGAGGAUGACAUGUACAAUGCCAACCAAGCUUCAAUGCUUGCCGCGCUGGGCAUGACUCACCUUGAUGAGGGAGAAUCUCAUGCAGUGGAUGAUGAUGCCAAAACUUCGUCGUCGGUUACAGUUGACGAUGAUCCCGAGUGGAAGGAGUGGAAGAAUUGGAAUGAGACGGACGCGAAUGGGGGAGUCAGAUUACUUUCGGAAGAGAGGAUGGACCGAGCAGGUGUUGCUGCUUGGUUGGAUAUGAACCGUGAGGAGGACCACGGGGUCUUCCAACAUGAAGAAAGUGAUGAUUAUGACGAAGACGAUGCCACAUCUUACGGAUCCGACGAUGACAUGAUGGAAAUGGGGGAAGAGACGGAGUAUGAGGAGGAGGAAGAGGAGGUUGUCAACGUGGUCGAGGGCCCUUCAAGACAGGUCCUUAUCAGUUCACGGACAGGAGCUGUUGCCGAGUACGAUACAGCAAGCUUUGGAUGUGACUUUGAAGAAGAAGAAGAAGAAGAAGAAGAAGAAGAAGAAGAAGAAGAAGAAGAAGAAGAAGAAGAAAAGCAACAGAACGAAGAAAGAUGGGGAGGAGACGGACAACCUCGUCCCUCCCCCUUCCCUUGCUUCUACGACGCUCGAUCGGGGCUUAUCAUCGAGCUUUCCUCAUCUGAAAGUGACGCCGAAGAGACCAUGUCAGAUCCCUCUUCCGACAAUGAUAUCGAAGAAACCAUGUCAGACCCAUCUUCCUCAUCCACCUCUUCCUCCUCAUCACCAACCUCAGAAGCCCCCCAAGCAUACGCCCUCCCCUGGCCCACCUCACCGUCCAACUUCAGCACUACCACUACCACUACCACUAGCAGUACCAGCACCAGCACCAGUACCCCAUCAGAGACAACACCACCACCAUCAUCACAACCCGUUCGACCCCCAUCAUCCACGCCCUUCACCCUCCUCGCCGACCUGCACACCAACCUCAGCAGCGCCCCGGACCACCGCGCCACACAUCUCCGCAACCUAGCCAACGAAAUCUCCAACACGAUGUACUUCGUCAACAGCCGGACAAUCUCCGGGGACUUCAGCGCGGAGGAUGCAGCGCCCGUAGACCGGGUAAUGCGGAUCGUGCGCGAAGGGGAGUUGAAGAUGCGGUACCAGGAGCGGUAUGAGCGGCAGAAGGGGAAGCUGGUGAAGCGGGAGAGGAGGGUCGCGGAGCGGGAGGACCGCGUGAGUAAGAGGGAGGAAAUGGUGAGCCGGCGGGAGAUGGGGGUUGCGGGGUGGUGGGAGGUAUGGAGGGAGAGGGGGAGGGAGGUGUGGGAGGGGGUGGAAGGGGAGAUGGAUGGGGGAAUUGGGGAUGGGGAUGGGAUUAGGAGGAAUGCGAUGGAUACGUUGCAGAGGACUGUUAGGGUUACGAGGGAGGUUGUGAGGAGGAUGGAUAGGUUGAUUGAUGAGAGUGAGGUCGAUGGUGAUGGUGAUUGUGAUGUUGAGGGGGGAGUUGAGUUGUGA